AUGAAGAAAGUGAUCCUCACCUUGCCCCCAGGCUAUCCGCAUAGCAUGUCCUACUACCAGGUAUUCGUGAAUCCGUUCGCUGCCGGUGAAAUUAUUGUACGGAAUAUUACGGUGGAUCGAUUCGUGCCCCCAAAUAUUCGAUUCCGACUCAACAACAACUCCCUUCAGAUGCUCACUCAUUCCGGCUAUGUUCAGGCAGCAGCGGACUGGGAACUACGCUCUGAACUGUUGAGUGUUCUUGAAGUUCCUCUGAUGGGAACCAUCCGGAUACAGAUGACUGGACUGAUAUCGGAAAUCGAUAUGGCGAAUGUCACCCCCGACAGACUAGAAGUGAGCAACUGUGUUGCUCGUAUUCGCGAUCUCCGCCUGAAUCUUCACGGUAGCGUUGUUGCUAACGUGCUUCAAUUGUUCAGAGCGAGCUUCGUGAAGGGUAUACGGAGGAAGCUUGAAGAGGUAGAUUUAAGUCGUAGUAAAAGUACUUGCUCGCAUGACACCUGUCAGGAAGGGCAAUCAAGCAAAGGUAAACGAAAGUCAUACUGGCAAGCACAGGAAAUCGAAACAGGCGAUUUACAACUGUAA